AUGUUGCUGCUUGUAAGGAUGUUCUCUCAGGGCUAUUUGUUGGCUCCGCUUGUGUUACUGGCUGCUCUUUCCAACUUCCCCAGUAAAGCACAAGAUCAAGUUCCAGCUCCGAGGAGGCUGCGAUUCAAAGUGCUGAAGCCAAAUAAUUUGCUCGUCUCGUGGAAGGAGCCUAAAGGCAACUUUGACAGCUACUUGUUCCUCUACAACAGCAUACCAGGUGGCCAACAGAAGGAGAUCAUCAUAUCAAAAACUGGCAGUAAAAUGUUGAUAGCAGACUACGACCCAUCCAAGGACUAUGUUGUCAGUGUAAUUUCUGUCAGCGGCAGCACUCAGAGUAAAGCGCUGCUGGGCCGAUUUAAAGCGAUUGAGAGGGGCGACGGUGAUGGAGAAGGUGAAAUGGAGCCACAGCGUCUGACCGAUUCAUUUGUUCUUCCAGAAGAUGUCAAUGAGAUCUCUGGAGUGGACCAGUUUGUGUGUCACACGGAGUCCAUAGCAGACAUUGUGAUCCUGGUAGAUGGUUCCUGGAGUAUUGGUCGGCUCAACUUCCGACUGGUGCGAAUAUUUCUUGAAAACUUGGUUAACGCCUUUGACGUCGCCAUUGACAAGACCAGGAUCGGUCUGGCUCAGUAUAGUGGUGAUCCCAGGAUAGAGUGGCACCUAAAUGCGUUCACUACCAAGGAAGCCGUUAUUGAUGCUGUCAAGAACCUUCCUUACAAAGGAGGAAAUACUCUCACCGGGCUUGCACUGUCCUAUAUCUUAGAGAAUUGUUUCAAGCCUGAGUCUGGUGCCCGUGUUGGCGUACCUAAGAUUGGGAUCCUCAUUACCGAUGGGAAGUCUCAGGAUGAUGUUAUACCUCCUGCAGAAAGCCUGCAAAAAGCUGGGGUUGAGCUGUUUGCUAUUGGUGUAAAGAAUGCUGAUGAGAAUGAGCUGCGCUCCAUCGCCUCAGAGCCAGAUGACUCUCAUGUAUAUAAUGUCGCUGACUUUCAUGUUAUGAGCUCCAUUGUAGAAGGACUGACCAGAACAGUGUGUGAACAAGUGGAGCAACAAGACAAGGACAUCAAGGAGCAAAAUCCACCAGAAAGUAUUGGACCACCGUCAGACUUGAUGACAUCAGAGGUCACAGCUAGGAGCUUUCGAGUUAGAUGGCAUCACUCCCCUGGAAAUGUAGAGAAAUACAGAGUGGUGUAUUUUCCUGUUAAUGGGGGACAACCCCAGGAGUCUGUUGUAGACGGCCGCGACAACUCCGUGGUGUUGCAGCAUCUCAACUCACAGACCGAAUACCAGCUGUCCGUGUUUGCAGUGAAUGAAAACGAGGCCAGUGAACCACUAAGAGGUUAUGAAACAACCCUGGCUCUUCCCACUGUGACAGGCCUCCAGCUGUUAGAUGUGACUCACAACAGCAUGAAAGCAAGAUGGGACAGUGUGAAGGGGGCGUCAGGAUACAUGUUGCUUUAUGCACCACUCACAGAUAACGGAGACUUGGGCGAGAAAGAGAUCAAAGUGUCAAAAGCAGUGAAGGAGCUGAAUCUCGAUGGUCUGAGCCCCCACACUGAGUAUACUGUCACUGUUUAUGCUAUGUACGGAGAUGAGGCCAGCGACCCUAUUACAAACCAGGAAACGACCUUACCACUGAGCGCACCUAGGAACCUCCAGUUCUCUGACAUCACUCACAACUCGGCACGCAUCAGCUGGGACCCAGCUGCCAGUGGAGUUACUGGUUAUCGAAUCAUGUGGGUUAAGUCAGACGGGCGAGUCACUGAGGAGGUGGAAGUUGGUCCCGUGAUUUCUUAUGACCUCAGUGGACUGACAUCCCUGAUGGAGUACUCAGUGGCUCUAUUUGCUCUGUAUGAUGAAGGCCAAUCAGAUCCACUCACUGAUGGAUUCACUACAACUCCUGUUCCAGGUCCUCUUCAUUUCCGUUCCAGUGAUGUCAGUUCAGACAGCUUUCAGGUCAGCUGGGAUCACUCAUCAGAUGACAUCAUCGUCUAUAGACUCUCCUGGGCACCGCUCACAGGUGGCAACACAAAGGAGGUGGUCCUGAGUGGGAGUGAUAACCAAUACACUUUGAGAAAUCUGAAUCCUUCCACUGUAUAUGAAGUUAUGGUGAUGGCAGUUUUCAAAGAUCAGUCAGAGAGCGACGCUGUCUCUGUCACAGAAACUACAUUGGCCAAGACAACAACGAUUGCCACAACAACCACUGCCCCCCGCCAAGCUGUGAGAAACCUUCGUCUGAAUCAUGAGACCACGCAGAGCCUUAAGGCAUCAUGGGAAUUGAACGACUCCCGCGUGGAGAGCUACAGGCUGUCCUAUGCCAGACUCGGGGCCGAUCACAAUGAGGAAACAGUGUUAGUUCCUGGAAGUCAGAAAAGUGUGCUUCUCGAGUCCUUACUUCCUGACACGCAGUACAAAGUAACUAUCACACCAGUGUACAGUGGAGGGGAUGACGGCAUCACUGUGUCAGCAGAAGGGAGCACAUUGCCUCUCUUGUCUCCUGAAAAUCUUCGUGCAUCAGAGGAGUGGUACAACCGCUUCAGAGUCUCCUGGGAUCCUCCAAAGGCUGCUGCUUUUGGUUACAAGAUCCUUUACCAGCCAGUCCAUGUACCAGGGAGCGUUUUGGAGAUGACCGUUGGUGAAGACGUUAACUCGAUUCUCCUCCUGAAUUUACAAAGUGGCACAGAGUACAGCGUUCAAGUGACCGCGUCCUACCCAUCAGGACAAAGUGAACCGUUGCUGGUGAACACUAAGACAUUGUUCCUGGGUAUCUCUGACUUGACAGUCUACCAGGCGCGCCACAACAGCAUGUGUGUCCAAUGGCAACCUCAUCUGCAUGCUACAAAUUACAGAGUCUCCAUCCAGUCGACACUCAACAGUCAGCGACAGGAAGUGAGUCUCGAAGGCGGGGCUUCCCGACAGUGCUUCUACGACCUUUUUCCAAGCAGCCAAUAUGAGAUCAGCAUUCGCACACAAAUGCAAGAAAUGGAAGGACCUCCCAUCUCCGUCACUGACAUGACAUUGCCUGCGCCCACUCAGGCUCCAACUGAACCCCCUGCCACGGAGCCCCCUCCCACCAUUCCACCAGCCAAAGAAGUAUGUAAGGAGGCCAAGGCGGACUUGGCCUUUCUGGUUGAUGGCUCUUGGUCCAUUGGAGAUGACAACUUCAUGAAGAUCACUAAUUUCCUGUAUAGUACCAUUGGAUCACUGGAUCAAAUUGGGACAGAUGGCACCCAGGUGGCCAUAUGUCAAUUCAGUGAUGAUGCUCGAACAGAGGUCCAGCUGAGUUCCCAUGGCGACAAAGAAGAGCUGCUUGAAGCAAUUCAGAGGAUCAAAUAUAAAGGAGGCAACACAAAGACAGGUCGUGCUAUUAAGCAUGUAAAGGAGUCCAUUUUCACCUCAGAUGCUGGAGCCAGGAAGGGGGUACCCAAAGUCCUGGUUGUGCUCACUGAUGGGCGUUCGCAGGAUGACGUCAAUAAAGUGUCCAUGGAAAUGCAGAUGGAGGGAUACAUCAUUUUUGCAAUUGGCUUUGCGGAUGCAGAUUACGGGGAACUAGUCAAUAUUGCCAGUAAGCCUAGCGACAGGCAUGUCUUCUUUGUGGACGAUUUGGAUGCUGUGAAAAAAAUCGAGGAGCAGCUCAUUACUUUUGUCUGCGAGGCAGCCACUGCCACUUGUCCAUCCAUUCUAAUGAGUGGAAACAGCAUGGCAGGUUUUCGCAUGAUGGAGAAGUUUGGUUUGGUGGAGAAGGAGUACAGCACAAUAUCGGGAGUUUCUCUAGAGCCCGGCUCAUUCAACAGCUUCCCAUGUUACAGGUUACACCGUGAUGCUCUGGUGUCGCAGCCCACCAAGUACCUUCAUCCUGAAGGUUUACCAUCUGACUACACCAUCUCUAUGAUGAUCCGCCUGCUUCCCGAGACUUCGCAGGAGCCGUUUGCAUUAUGGGAAAUCCUCGAUAAGGACACCAACCCGGUGGUGGGACUCACCUUGGACCACUCUGUGAAAAGUUUGACAUUCUUCAACUACGACUACAAAGGGGAAUUUCAAACUGUCACCUUUGAAGAAACUCAAAUAAAAAAAGUCUUCCACGGCAGUUUCCACAAGCUCCAUGUAACCAUCAGUAAGACGGCAGUGAAGGUGACAUUGGACUGCGUUGCAGUUGGGGAAAAAGCUAUUAGUGCAGCUGGGAACAUCACCACGGAUGGCGUGGAAGUCCUUGGUCGCAUUGUGCGGUCUCAAGGCAGAAGAGAGCACUCUGCCACGUUUCAACUCCAGAUGUUUGAUAUCAUCUGCAGUACAUCGUGGGCAAGCAGGGAUAAGUGUUGUGAACUGCCAGCUUUGCGAGUUGAGGAGGAUUGCCCUUCAAUGCCUCAGGCCUGCACUUGUUCUCAAGAAAGCAAGGGACCGCCAGGACCUUCCGGACCUCCCGGUGGUCCGGGGAUACGAGGCACACGAGGAGACAGAGGGGAACCUGGAGUGACGGGGCCUCCAGGACCUGUUGGAGAGGCUGGGUCUGCUGGACCACCAGGACUGCCUGGUCCUCAGGGACCCAGUGGGCUCUCUAUUCAAGGGCCUCCGGGUGCUGCUGGGGAGAAGGGAGAAACGGGUGAGAUCGGCCCAGCCGGUCCAAUGGGUGUUCCUGGAAGUCAGGGUUCCCCUGGUAGGGAUGGUCCCCCUGGAGUGAGGGGCCUGCCAGGUAACAAUGGACCUCAAGGUCGACAAGGGCCGCCGGGCCCCCUUGGUGCCCCAGGUGCACCUGGAGCUCCAGGACCGAUUGGAUCAGGAGGUCCUCAAGGGGAGCAAGGACCUUCUGGUCCUGCUGGUAUCAAAGGAGAUAAAGGAGAAAGAGGUGACGUACAGUCCCAAGCUGCAGUGCGCGCUAUAGCGAGACAAGUGUGUGAGCAGCUUAUCCAGAACCACUUGUCGCGUUACAACUCCAUCCUGAACCAGAUCCCAGUCCAGUCAGCUACGUCAGUGCGUACAUUGCCCGGACCCCCAGGUGAGCCCGGCAGGAGAGGACCCCCAGGACCACAGGGGGAACAAGGACCAACUGGGAGGCCCGGUUUCCCCGGUGCUAAUGGGCAGAGUGGCCGGCCGGGAGAGAGAGGUUUAGCAGGUGAGAAGGGUGAAAGGGGGAGUCCAGGUGUUGGGAAUCAAGGACCAAGGGGACCCCCAGGGCCACCAGGCUUACCUGGUGAGGGGCGUACGGGGACUCAGGGGCCCCUCGGUCGGCCUGGGAACCCGGGUGCCCCAGGGAGGCAUGGUAAUCCGGGUUCUGCUGGACCGGCUGGACCACCAGGUUACUGUGACCCAAAUUCUUGUUUGGGGUAUAAUGUUGGAGUCCAAACUUUGCCUCACGGUGGCUACCAACCCUACAAUCAAGCCUACAAUCAACUCUACAACCAGGCCUACAACCCUGCUGCAGUAGCUUACAACAAUGACCAAGGAGGCCAAGAUGACCAGGAAGAAGGAGAGGAGAGUGAAGAGGAACCUUAUUAUCGGAGUUACCCCCAUGGGCCUUAUCGCUAUGGUUACCCUUCACACCCUUCCCACUCGGAAGAUGUGGAACUGCGUUCACCUGGCGUGGUCAGGAGAUUUUCCCGCGAUGUCAUCGUCAUGGAAGAGAGUGAGAGCAAGAGCAAGGACGCACUCCCCUCAAGCGCUUGA